GAAAUAUAAACCAGCAAAUUUUUCACAAAACGGAAUGCCCCCAAAAACCAAUGCCGAAAGGCAAAAAGCUUACAGAGAAAGACUAGAAAAGGAUAAACCAAGUAAAUAUGGGGAACUCCGUGUUAAACAUUUGGAAAAAGUUAAAGAAAAUAUCAAAAAGAAAAAAGAAAUUCUUACAGAAGAAGAAAAACAAGAGCUUCGAGCAAAGUGGAGGCAAGCCAAUGCUAAAAGAGCUGAAAGAAAAAAAAGGCCAACUCUACGACAAAACACAAUAACACAUUAG